AGACUAUCCUACGACGCACCGUUUGACGUCAUCUUCAUGAGACGCAUUUCAACUUUGUCGCCAGCAAGUAGCUAGCUAGCUAACAAGCUGCGUUGUUUUGAACGAUGGCGUCCUCAAAGAAGGGGAAGAAAGUUGUGAAUCAAGAGGAACUCCGGCGUUUGAUGAGAGAAAAACAAAGACAAACAACGGACAAGAAGCGCGUCGAGUCUCCUUUCGCUAAAUACAACAGUCUCGGGCACCUCAGCUGCACCCUGUGCAAUGUGCAGGUGAAGUCGGAACUUCUUUGGCCGGCGCAUGUUCUUGGGAAACAGCACAAAGAGAAAGUUGCCGAGCUGAAGGGAGGAAAGAUUCAAGCAGUGACACCGUUGGUACAACCACUGAAGAGGAAAGCACCGGACAGCGAGGACGUUAACUCGAAAAAGGCGAAACCGCCGUCGGGUGCAGGCCAGUCUGCAUCAGGAGGGCUGCCUACAGAUUUCUUUGAGAAACCCAGCGAGAAGGCAGCUGUCUCUUCACAAAAGUCUUCAAGUCUGAGUCUGUUGGCUGGAGUUUAUGAUGAGGACAAUGAUGAUGAUAAUGAAGAAGAGGCAGGCCAGGCAGGAACCACAAAUCCCCUUCCUGAAAAGCCUCAAGCUGCAGGACUACCCGCCGAUUUCUUUGACAGCUCCAUCCCGUCCACACCCACCAUCUCCCACUCAGGAUCCAUCCUCAAAGCAGAGGUGCAGGAGAAAAGCACAGAGAGGAAGGAAAACACAGCCGAGGCCCUGCCAGAGGGCUUCUUCGACGAUCCUGUGAGAGAUGCUAAGGUGCGCAACGUUGACGCACCCAAGGAUCAAAUGGACAAGGAGUGGGAAGAGUUUCAAAAGGAGAUACGACAGGUGAACACAAAGUCAGAGGCCAUCGUGGCGGAGGACGACGAGGAAGGUCGCCUUGAACGCCAGAUUGACGAAAUUGAUGAACAAAUCGAGUGUUACAAGAGGGUUGAAGUACUGAGAGACAAGCGGGAUGUGGUGAAAAGCAAGCCUCUGCCCAGGAAGGAGGAACAUAUGGAGGUAGAUGCCAGCAUCGAGGAGGAAGAGGAUGAGGAGGAGCUGCUGGGGCUUUUGUCCCGGGACUGGAGGGCUAAAGGAGCUCUGGCCUAACUCUCUCUAGAGCUCGUGACUGUGCUUGUGUCUUUUUUGCACAAGUUUAUCAGCAAUCCAGGAAUUGUAAAUAUGUUUAAAAGCUCUUUACCACCUCUUUUUGUACAUGUCAGACUGGAUUAAAUGUGAUGCAGUGAUAUGCAACAUCCUUGUUAAACACUGUUAAGUGCUACCAGAAGAUUGUGUCUCAGUUCAUGACUUAAAGCAACCAGAUGGAUCACAAAUCAAACUUUUAACUUUGUGUUUAUUCAUUGGUGUUCACACAAAAACACAUUCAUAAAACCUCCCCAUGUACAGCAGCAGCAUGGACCCAAAAUCUAUGUCAUGAUGGCCGAAACUGUUACAUUGUCCUGCAAAAACAAGUAGUCAGCUAUGUUAAGUUUAUAAAUAAUUUGUUCAUGUUACAUUAUAAGCAACAUGCAAAGCACAACAGAAUUAUUUAAAAAAUGUACAAUGUUGAGAUUAAGACCGUAAAGCAACUUUUUUUACCAACCCGACCCCCUUCACAAGAUAAUUUGUGAGAAUACAUUGAAACCAUUUUUUACAGAGUACAACAAAGUUUGAGUUUGACAAAUUUGUUAUGUAAAUACACCAUUAUUAGGCCCAUAAACAUGGAAUAAAAUGAAUCAAGUAAAGAGUGAUGGUCAGUGCUUCUUAUACUACCUGUUACAAACUGUGAGCUAGGCGUGACUCUCUGUCUACUGCAAUUUUAAACAAGCAAUAUCUACGUCAUUUUUGUUAUUGCUACAUAUGCCUCAUGAGUUACCACUUCAAAACUCUUUCCAAAUGAUUCAAAGUGUUCAUAGCCCUUCAAAACUUGAACUGAAAGCUGCAAAAAUAAGCAAAUAACAAAAGCAGAGACUAAACACAUCAAUCAAAAUGGAGAAACUAGCUGAAAAUAAAUGAGAAAAAACACGGAGCA